AUGUUGCCCAUUCUUCUCCUCUCUACCCUGGUGGCCUCGGCAACGGCCGCCAGCAACUUCACUUUCCCCGAGGGAUUUGACUUGAACAAGGUUGACUCGUCGGAACGAGCUUCCUGGUGUGUUGCGGAGCGGAACGCCUGCCCUAAGAUCUGCGGCGGAGUCUCCAACGCCAACUCUUGUGAUCCUUCCAAUCUGGAUUUCACCUGUACUUGCGGCAAUGGCUCUGCCGCCAACGUUGCGCUCUACCAGCAGACCGUGCCUUACUUCGUUUGCCAGGCGAACUUCGCGCAGUGCAUCGAGCGCUCCCCGAGUCUGGACGACCAAGAGAAGUGUAAGGACGCUCGCAGCCAGUGCGGCUCGCUGAAUGCCUCCGAGUCGUCGUCCUCGUCCUCGAAGACGACCUCUGCUACCUCCUUGCCCACCUCGACCGGUUCAUCCGACAGCUCCGACGAUGACGAUGAGUCCAGCACCGCGACUGCCACCAGCUCCAGCACUGCAAGCAGCGCUUCGGCCACCAAUGCCGCCGUGCGCAUGGCCCAGGACCAUGCGACGGGCGUGCUGGCGACGGUCUUCUUCCUGGCGCUUCGCAUCGCACUGUGA